UUUGUGAGGUCACGAGUGUGACGCCUCCACUCCCGUCUCAUCGUCUUACCUGGCUGUAUAUAAAUAAGGUACGAGACACUCUUGUUCAGUAACGUAUCCAACGUGCUGCAUUCAAGGACAGCAGCAUAACGUUGGAGAUGAAUAAACAUCGAAAUUUUGUAUUGUUUACCUUACUGUUAGCAGCAAUAUCUACCUGCUUGCCAGCAGAAAAAGUUGAACAAUUGCAAGAUGAACGUGGAGAUAGAGGUGAACUUAUACUCAAUAUUGAAAAGAGAGGAAGACGUGUUGGAAGAAGUAGUAAAGCAUAUACUGAUGAUCGAUGGGGGGAUGGAAGUGGGGUGAGAGGAACCGCCGGUGUGGACUAUCCAAAUUAUAAUGAAGUCCCUCGCACAAGUUUUAAAUGUAAAGAUCAAGCAUAUAUUCCUGGAAUGUAUGCUGAUGUAGAAGCCCAAUGUCAGGCUUACCAUGUGUGCCAUUUGGGAAGAAUGGAAAGUUUUUUGUGUGCGGCAGGAACAGUUUUCAAUCAAGAACAUAUGAUUUGUGAUUAUUGGUACAGUGUGGAUUGUAACGAUGCUCCAAAAUAUUUUCAUUUGAAUGCUGAAAUAGGAAAUACUCUCACAGGUCAACCAGGUGAUCAGUCUGGUGGUUAUAGACCUAAGCCACCAGGGUCUCGACCAGGAGGAAGACCCGGUAGUCCAAGUGGUCCGUCAGGAGGAUUUGCUAGACCAGGAGGACCGCAUCCAGGUCGUCCAACUGGGCCAUCUGGUGGUAUUGGUGGCCCAGGAGGAAGAUAUCCUGGAGGUCCGAGCAAGCCAGGAGGAAGAUAUCCUAGUGGGCCAGGUGGGCCUACAGGACGAGAUGGUCCAUCGGGUGGAAUUGGUGGCCCUGGAGGUCCAAGCCAGACAGGAGGAAGAUAUCCUAGUGGGCCACAUGGACCAGGUGGGCCCACAGGUCCAGAUGGACCGUCGGGUGGUGGUGGACCGGGCGGAAAAUAUCCGAGCAAACCAGGAGGAAGAUAUCCUAGUGGGCCACAUGGGCCAGGUGGACCUACAGGUCCAGAUGGACCGUCGGGUGGUGGUGGACCGGGCGGAAGAUAUCCGAGCAAGCCAGGAGGAGGAUAUCCUAGUGGGCCUCAUGGGCCAGGUGGGCCUACAGGUCCAGAUGGACCGUCGGGUGGUGGUGGACCGGGCGGAAGAUAUCCGAGCAAACCAGGAGGAAGAUAUCCUGGAGGUCCAAUCCAGCCAGGAGGAGGAUAUCCUAGUGGAUCACAUGGGCCAAGUGGGCCCGCAGGACCUGAUGGUCCGUCAGGUGGAAUUGGUGGCCCUGGAGGAAGAUAUCCUGGAGGUCCAAGCCAGCCAGGAAGAGGAUAUCCUAGUGGACCACAUGGGCCGAGUGGCCCAUCAGAUGGUACUGGUGGGUUUGGAGGUAGUCCAAGUGGUUCUGGAAGUCAAGGAAGUGGUUCUCCCGGUCAAAGAAGACCUGGUUCUUAUACUAAAGCAUAUACUGGAGGUAGGCCCAGAAAUAGAGGACCAAGCGGAGAUUAUGCACAAGCUGGGAGUUUACAAGAAAAUCGAUAUGGAUCUCAGACAGGUCAAAAUAUUCGACAACCAGGUUACGGUCAAGCUCAGCUAACUAUGAUGAUGAAUAUGAUGCCAGGAAGUGAUUGAAAAUAAUUUGCAAUAAAAUUUUAUAGAAUCCAAUUAAGAGUCAUUUCACUCAAUGCCAAUAAAAUUGAAAGUUCCAUAUAUAUUAAUACCUUUUAUUUAUCAAUAGUGAAGCUAAUGUAGAAGGAAAAUGAAUGCAUCCACUAAUGGUAGAAAUGAUUAAUUAUUAAAAUCAGUUACUAAAAUUAUUUAUUGCAAAUAUGUUAAAAUAUUUUCCAAGUUAAAUUUGAAUGAAAAUAAACAAAUGAUCACUAUACAAUAUUAUUAUUUU